CACAAAAUAGAUUAAUCCAAUUCAUUUCACAAUCUUCUUUUUUUUUCAGAGAAGAUAAGACAUGGAGGAAGGACUGUUACCAAGGUCCUCAGUUCCUGAAACAAAGUCUAACACUAAGAGCAUUGCUGAUGGUGAUUCUUCUGUUACUUCUGUUGUUGUUCUCAGCACUUUGGUUUCCAUCUGUGGUUCAUUUGCUUACGGAUGUACAGCAGGAUAUUCAUCACCUGCUGAAUCUGGAAUCAUGGAAGACCUGCAACUUUCUGUGGCUGCAUAUUCAGUUUUUGGUUCACUGACAACGGUUGGAGGAAUAAUAGGUUCAUUUAUGAAUGGGAUUAUACCUGAUCUCAUCGGUCGAAAAGGAACAAUGUGGUUGUCCGAAUUACUCUGCAUUUUUGGAUGGCUUGCAAUAGCAUUCUCAAAGGGUGCUUGGUUGCUUGAUAUCGGACGACUUUCAACAGGGAUUGGUGCUGGAAUGAUUGCUUAUGUGGUACCUAUAUAUAUCGCUGAAAUAACCCCAAAGGAUGUUCGGGGAGGAUUUACACAAGCUAGCCAGCUCAUGAUGACUUGUGGCUUUUCAUUAAUGUUUUUCCUUGGAACGAUUGUUUCUUGGCGCACACUGGCCUUUAUUGGUUCUGUUCCAUGUCUAUUGCAAGUUUUCGGCUUAUUCUUCAUACCAGAAUCUCCUAGAUGGCUGGCCAAGAUUGGACGAGAGAAAGAGUUAGAAACUACUCUACAGAGUUUUAGGGGAAAGAAUGCUGAUGUCCUCAGAGCAGCUGACAUCAAAGAUUAUACAAAGACCUUUGAGAGGGACUCGGAAGCAGGAAUUUUGAACAUGUUCCAGCGAAGAUAUGCUUAUUCACUCCUGGUGAAUGUAGUUGGACUGAUGGCCUUGCAACAGUUAGGAGGUUCAACUGCAAUUGGAUAUUAUGCCAGCUCAAUAUUUGAAGAAGCUGAUUUUUCAACCAGCUUAGGAACUGUAUCAAUGGCUAUAAUUCUGAUUCCAGCUUCCUGUGUAUCUACACUACUUAUAGAUAAUCUGGAAGACGACCCCUUCUUUUGGUUUCUAACAGUGGAAUGUGCUUAUGUUUUCUCAUAAUGGCAUUAGCACUCUGUGUGCAGGAUUUUCACCCUUUCAAAAAUGUCACUCCUGUGAUGGUAUACGUUUGCAUGAUGG